AUGUCAAAAGCUAUCGGUAUAGAUUUGGGUACAACGUACUCAUGCGUGGCACAUUUCACCAAUGAUCGGGUCGAGAUCAUUGCGAACGACCAGGGUAACCGGACCACACCGUCGUAUGUGGCCUUCACCGACACGGAACGACUCAUUGGUGACGCAGCCAAGAACCAGGCGGCAAUUAACCCCAAGAACACGGUGUUCGACGCCAAACGGCUGAUCGGACGCCGUUUUGACGACCCAGAGGUCACGACCGACGCCAAACACUUCCCGUUCAAGGUUGUGUCACGUGAGGGCAAGCCGCACGUGGAGGUGGAGUACAAGGGCGAGACCAAGGUGUUCUCGCCCGAAGAGAUCUCGGCCAUGGUCCUGGGCAAGAUGCGUGAGACCGCGCAGGGCUAUCUGGGCGGCUCCGUCAACGACGCUGUGGUCACGGUGCCCGCGUAUUUCAACGACUCGCAGCGGCAGGCCACCAAGGACGCCGGGACCAUUGCAGGGCUCAACGUGCUGAGAAUCAUCAACGAGCCCACAGCGGCCGCCAUCGCGUACGGGCUCGACAAAAAGGGCCGCGAGGAGCACAACGUGCUGAUUUUCGAUCUGGGCGGUGGUACUUUCGACGUGUCGCUCUUGUCCAUCGACGAGGGGAUCUUUGAAGUCAAAGCCACUGCCGGUAACACCCAUCUGGGUGGUGAGGAUUUCGACAACAGACUCGUGAACCAUUUGGCUGCCGAAUUUCAGCGUAAAAACCGUAAGGAUUUGACCAGCAAUCAACGUUCUAUGCGCCGGUUGCGUACAGCUGCCGAGCGUGCCAAGCGCGCGCUUUCGUCGUCCGCACAGACCUCGAUUGAAAUCGAUUCCCUUUUCGAAGGUUGCGAUUUCUACACGUCCUUGACCAGAGCCCGUUUCGAGGAGCUUUGCGCCGAUUUGUUCCGCUCCACUUUGGACCCCGUGGAAAAAGUGCUACGAGACUCUAAGCUAGACAAGUCACAAGUCGACGAGAUCGUUCUUGUGGGUGGCUCUACGCGUAUACCAAAAGUUCAGAAGCUGGUGACCGAUUUCUUCAACGGUAAAGAACCCAAUCGCUCCAUCAACCCAGAUGAAGCUGUUGCAUACGGUGCAGCUGUGCAAGCCGCCAUUUUGACAGGUGAUCAAUCUUCCAAGACCCAAGACUUAUUGCUACUGGACGUGGCUCCUUUGUCUCUAGGUAUUGAGACCGCCGGCGGUAUUAUGACCAAAUUGAUCCCCAGAAACUCCACGAUUCCAACCAAAAAAUCGGAGACUUUCUCCACAUAUGCCGACAAUCAGCCCGGUGUUUUGAUCCAGGUCUAUGAAGGUGAAAGAACCAGGACUAAAGACAACAAUCUUCUGGGCAAAUUCGAACUCAGUGGUAUUCCUCCUGCACCUCGCGGUGUGCCUCAGAUCGAGGUUUCAUUCGACUUGGAUGCCAAUGGUAUUUUGAACGUUCACGCUUUAGAGAAGGGUACAGGUAAAUCUAGCAAGAUUACGAUUACCAACGACAAAGGACGCUUGUCCAAGGAAGAUAUUGAAAGAAUGGUAUCUGAUGCUGAAAAGUUUAAGGCUGAAGACGAAAGCGAAGCUGAGAGAGUACAGACCAAAAACUCUUUAGAAGCUUACGCUUUCAGUUUGAAGAAUACUGUGAACGAAACUUCCUUCAAAGAAAAAGUAGGAGAGGCGGAUUAUACCAAAUUGAAGUCUGUUGUGGAAGAAACCAUUUCAUGGCUUGAUGCUUCACAAGUGGCUUCCACGGAUGAGUACAAGGAUAAACAAAAGGAAGUGGAAGAAGUGGCGAAUCCAAUCAUGACCAAAUUCUACCAAUCUGGAGGUGCUUCAGGUGGAGGAGUUCCUGGCGGAGUUCCUGGCGGAGUUCCUGGCGGAGUUCCCGGUGGUGCACCUGGUGCUGGUGCCGGUUCCGCUGGCCAUGGCGCCGGUGGAGAUUCGGGUCCAACAGUCGAAGAGGUUGACUAA